AUGUCGACAUUCUCAAGAACAACCUUUGACGCAGCGGCAUAUCUGGCGUUUCGACCUUCGUAUCCGAAAUGGGUGCACGACAAGGUGUUGACGUAUCACUUCGGCUCGCGUCCUGGCACUGCUUUGUCUGGUUCCACUUCGGCUGCUGGCUCGAGCUUGGCGGUGGAUCUUGGAUGUGGGCCGGGGAUAUCGACUCUUUCCCUGCUACCGCACUUUGAGCGGGUGGUGGGCGUGGAUCCUUCGCCCAAGAUGGUGGAAGCGGCCAUUACGCCUUCGACGCCGGAGCUUCCUUCGCACCUGAUUCCGCACGCGGCCGAUGGGGCCAGGGGCGCUCUGGGAGAGGUGGAGUACCGGCAAGGGUUUUCCGAGUCACUGCCGUUCUUGGAGGCAGGGAGUGUGGAUCUGGUGACGAGCGGGCAGGCGGCGCACUGGUUCGACUAUGCGCGCUUCUGGAAGGAGUUGACUCGAGUCAUGCGGCCGGGCGGCAGUGUGUGUCUGUACGGCUACCCGGACUUCUUCCUGCCCGAGUUCCCGAGCACACGCACGCUGCUGAACCGGUUCGCACUCAAGGACGGCACGGGUCCCGGGUCGCCUCAACUGUCGCCCAUCGAUGCCAAGAUCGACUCGAUCGGGGAGUUCUGGGAACAACCGGGACGGGGCAUCGUCAACCAAGGCCUGCAACCCGUGCCCUUCCCCACCUCGUUCCCCGACAUCGCCGCGCACUGGGACGAAGCCUCGGCGUUCAAGAGGACGUUCUCGACUACCGGCUUGCAAGCGGAUCAGAUCUGGUCCAGCUGGCCCCCGCUCACCACCACCCCGCUCACCUCUGACCUCAGCCCCGAGGUCAAGGCAGAGUUCGAAGGCGACCACAAAGACACGACCAUGGACAAGUAUUUGAACUGGGACCAGCUCGCGAGCUACCUGCGCACCUGGUCUGCUACACAUACGUACCUCACUCAGCACCCCGACGACAAGCAGCAGAAUGGUGGCAAGGACGUGGUGGACCGAUUCCUGGAGCAGCUGCAGAACGAGGUGAAGAGGGCGAACGGUGGCAAGCACGUCGAGGAGCUGCAUCUCAGGUGGCCCCUGUGCUUUGUUAUGAUCAAGAAGAAGAAGUAA